AUGUUCCUCUUGGGGUUGCAUUUACAUCCUAUUCAUGACCCUGAAUUCUUUGCAUUUUGGCAUACAUUGCUGGAUUUUCGGAGGCUUCAAAAUGAACUUGAAGUACAGAUUGAUUUGCAAUGGAUUUGGGGUGAGCUUCAAGGGAAAUUUCCACCGGGGCCCUUGUGGGUAUUUUUCCAUGGAUGUUUGCGCAUUCACUGGAGCUGGAAUGGGGAAUUGGGGCUGCUCGAGGACCGUAUUGGUUUCUUCAGCAUCUGGCGAAUUUCGUUGAAAGAGCUAGAGUUCCGUGCGGUAUAUGCAUGGCAACGAAUGAUCGGCACCAUUGGCCAGCAACGACGUGGUUUUGCUGGGCUUGCCACCGCAGGCGCUCACCUGUCCCAAGGAACCCAUUUACAGUUGACAGACCUUCAGCGUGGCCUCCUGCGUACUGCACAUGUUGGUACGUUUUUUACCCAAGAUGGCCUGAAGUACUCCACCCCGGAUGGCAGUGAGGUGUGUGUCCAUUGUGGUGCUCCUGAUAGCAUUGACCAUCGUAUUUGGCGGUGCCCCACAUUCCAAAGUGUGCGAGAGAAUCUCUCGGAUUGUCGGCCACCAGCGUGUGAUUCGUUGCCGGACUGUACUCGGCUACAUGGGUGGAUCCAAACUCCUGCGGAGUAUCUUCCAUUCCUGCAACGCCUUCACAACUUGCCGGACCUGUCCCACCAGCUGGAUUCACCUGCACCUGGAGUGACACUGGAUUUGUUUACAGAUGGGAGUUGUAUGUUCCCGCAAAUCCCUAAGCUUCGUGUAGCGGCAUGGGCUGUCGUUCAAGGACACAGUGGAGAGCGUGGCACACGAGUGGAAUGUUUGGCCGGGGGACCGCUUCAUGGACUUUGGCAAACCAGUGGCAGAGCUGAGAUCGUCGCAGUGCUGGCGGCCGUGAGGCUUGGAGUCCGAUCGGGGAGGCGGACAAGAAUUUGGUCUGACUGUGCGAAUGUAGUCAACAGACUUCGCCUCCUUCUUGAUGAUCCUCAAGGUGCCAGGCCCAAUGCCCAUGAUGCAGAUCUGUGGGAUCUUUUGGCAAUCGAGUUGAGACGGGAGCAUCAUAUCACGGUCCACAAGGUUGCUGCCCACGUAGAUGAACGAGUCUACGGCCCAGUUGAAGAGUGGGCGAGGCGGUUCAAUGACAUGGCGGACCAGUACGCCAAGAGCUUCAAUCUGCAGCGAACAGACGAGUUUUGGCAGUCCUGGAACUUGUUGAGAGAUCAGAUGCAACAGGCAGAGGCCGUCGGCCAGUAUGUCCUCCAACUUCAUUGCCUUAUCGGUGAAGAGGCGAUUCGUUUACACAAGGGCUCCCCUACCCAGCAGGUCGGUACCUCCUCGGAGGCUAGAAUCUCUUUGGAGCAAUGUGUGCGGGUCCCCAGUGGACCACUCCUUUCUGACGAUUUGAAAGGCUUGUUGGGCAGGGAGCAAGUGCGCCGUCUUUGGGCCUGGCUUCAAGAAGUGAGAAAUGGGCAUGUUUGGGGAAGUUGGGUCUCGAUGGCUCAGCUCUACGUGGAUUAUCAGCUGACUUUCGGCAAGGUGGGACCUCAUUUCCAUUCUGACCGUCGGCAGUGGAGUGACCCCAACGAGCCCGGGUUGGCAAGGUUGAAGGGAUAUGAAUUUCCCCAACAGUUGAAGUGGUUUGGGAGGGCUUUGAGGCUGUUGUUGCAGAGCCACGCUGCUCAGCAAAAUGGACAUCAGAUUUUCAGAUUGCAGCGCCCUAGUUCAGCAGUGUUGUCGCAUUGGAGCCAAUGUAUUCACAUUGCUUGGUCCCCUGCUCGACGAGACGCUGUUGAUAUGUGGUUCCAACAACAUUUGCCCGGCGGCUCCACACGCCGCCGGGCGCAUGGGCUGGCAUGCUUACCUGCAGCAGGGAGCGACCCUGCAUUUGCGGUGCGGCUGGUGGAAGACCCUCAGAGGUCUUUGUCUCAAUGGUGGCGGUCACCCUGA